AUGAAGCGGCCGGGCCGGGCCGGGCUGGGCUCCCUGGCCGCGCUCUGGCUCCUGGUGCUGGGCUCGCUGCUGGGGCUCUGGACCGGCUUGCAGCGGGAGCAGGAGCAGACGGCGGAGCAGGAGCGGCGCUUCCCCGCGGGGACAGCCGGCCGGAGGCUGCUCCAGGAACAGCGGGGCUGGGAGCGCGGCAGCACCGGAGCUUCAGCUCCCGACCGCCGCUCGACAGGGCAGGGUGAGUCCCGCGCCGCCCAGAAAACUUUCCGAGCGCUGCUCACGCUGCCGGCCGCCGGGGACAGGGGCGAGCCCCUGGAGGGGCCGGAGCAGCCCGCGGAGCCCGGACAGAGCUCGCAGCCGGAGCCCCGGCAGAGGCAGAACUUGGAGCCUGGUUCCAGGGAGCGGCUGGCCCAGGAGGCUCCCGCGGACCCCGCCUCCCCCGUGCAAGGGGGUAUCUUCUGGAGCCGAGCGCUGGAGCAGCAGGUGCCCCCGGGCUUCGGCCCCGAGCAGACGGCUUUGUGGUUGGAGACUGCCCGGGCGGCUCGCGUCGCCUCCCUGGAGCGGGGCGGGUGCGGUCGCAGCUCCAACCGGCUGGCUCGGCUGUCGGACGGGAGUCGCGCCUGCGUCCGCUACGGCAUCAACCCGGAGCAGAUCCAGGGCGAGGCGCUCUCCUACCGGCUGGCCGAGCUGCUGGGCAUCCAGCAGCGCCUGCCGCCCAUGACCUUGGCCCUGGUGGAAGCCCGCGGCAGGCAGUGGGGGCAGGUGCGGGACGAGCUGCGGGGCUCGCACUGGGCCGAGGGGGCGGUGGUCAGCCUCACCCAGUGGGUGGACAACUUGACCGACGUGGUGGCCCCCGCUCCCUGGAGAUCGGAGGCGGGGUCGGGCAGGAGACUGCAGCCUCUGGCGGCUGGGGAGCUGGGCGGCCUCACCCAGUCCCAACUGGUGGAGCUGGUGCAGUGGACCGACCUGAUUCUCUUUGACUAUCUGACGGCCAACUUUGACCGGCUGGUCAGCAACCUCUUCAGCCUGCAGUGGGACCCCAGGGUGAUGCACCGGGCCACCAGCAACCUACACAGGGCACCCAACGGGGGCCUCGUCUUCAUAGACAACGAGGCGGGCCUGGUGCACGGCUACAGGCUCCUCUCCAUGUGGGACAAGUACAACGAGCCCUUGCUCCGCUCCGUGUGCAUCUUCCGGGAGGCCACUGCCCAGCGGGUGCGGGACCUGCACCGCCUGCAGAACGCAGCCUCGGAGCUGCUGAGACUCUACCGGACUCACGAACCCCUCUCCGGCCGGCUCGGCUUCCUGUCCGAGCAGCAGGCGCAGCUGCUGCAGGGCAGGAUAGACUUUGUUCACAAGCACAUUUUGCACUGCAAAGCCAUGGCCACUUCACUGUGA